AUGCGGACGGUAACCUCUCUUCCGGGGCCUUCUUUGUUGUUUUCUCCGGUGGGCCUUCCGGUGUUGGACUCUAGGGUUCGCUCCGACGUCGUCCUGCCGGUCACACUUUCGGCUUGCUUUGGUAGCGGUUUGCCCCUUGAACCUAGUGUGCCGCGGGUGAAUCCAACGAUGCUUGGGUGGUGGCUGCUCAAACCGGGUUGGUGGCGCUGGUGGUUGACUGGUCACGUCGGAUGGCGACUGGGUGGCGGCACUCUCCGUUCCCUCGGCGAUGCUUGGAGCGAUCUGCGAAGACGUUAUAGUGUAUAUAGUAAUAAUAAAAGUGAUAGUGAUAGCGAUAGUGAUAGUAAUAUUGAUAGUGACAGUGGCAGUGAUAGUAAUAGUGAUAGUGAUAGUAAUAGUAGUAGUAAUAGUGAUAGUGACAGUGGCAGUGAUAGUGAUAGUAAUAUUGAUAGUCACAGUUGCAGUGAUAGUGAUAGUAAUAGUGAUAGUGAUAGGGGCAGUGAUAGUGAUAGUAAUAGUGAUAGUGAAAGUGGCAGUAAUAGUGAUAGUGAUAGUGAUAGUGAUAGUAAUAGUAAUAGUGAUAGUGACAGUGGCAGUGAUAGUGAUAGUAAUUGUAAUAGUGAUAGUGACAGUGGCAGUGAUAGUGAUAGUAAUAUUGAUAGUGACAGUUGCAGUGAUAGUGAUAGUAAUAGUGAUAGUGACAGUGGCAGUGAUAGUGAUAGUAAUAGUGAUAGUGAAAGUGGCAGUAAUAGUGAUAGUGAUAGUGAUAGUGAUAGUGAUAGUAAUAGUGAUAGUGACAGUGGCAGUGAUAGUGAUAGUAAUUGUAAUAGUGAUAGUGACAGUGGCAGUGAUAGUGAUAGUGAUAGUGAUAGUGAUAGUGAUAGUGACAGUGGCAGUGAUAGUGAUAGUGAUAGUAAUAGUGAUAGUGACAGUGGCAGUGAUAGUGAUAGUAAUAGUGAUAGUGAUAGUAAUAGUGAUAGUGACAGUGGCAGUGAUAGUGAUAGAAAUAGUGAUAAUGAUGGUGAUAGUGAUAGUAAUAGUGAUAGUGAUAGUAAUAGUGAUGGUGACUGUGAUAGUGAUAGUAAUAGUGAUAGUGACAGUGAUAGUAAUAGUGAUAGUGACAGUGGCAGUAAUAGUGAUAGUGAUAGUGUUAGUGAUAGUGAUCAUUAUUAG